AAAAGACAUGACGUUGAAAAAGGAGUUCUUAUCCAGAAGAAGAAAACACAGAGCGAGAAAAAGAGAUGGCGACCAUACCAUCAUCGUCUCUGCAACUCUCAAGCACUUUCCCACUCGCCUCAUCCCCACCCAAGCCCCACGCUCCCAAGCAUUCACUCUCCUUCACCACCCGGGCCACAGAUCCACAAACACCGCCAUCCGAAUCGGAACCGGAGCCAUCCGAGGCCGGAUCCGAUUCCAAAGCAGACUCCUUCGAGAACCGCCUCACGCAGGUCCGUCUCCGUUACAGGAGCGGGACCGGGAAGAAAGCGGAGCUCCGAAAGGGCCGAAAGGCCAAGAAGGGCGGGGGCGGGCAGUCCGGGUCGGGAAUGUACCUGCCGCCGGUGUCGCUGAAAGAACCGGUUUCGGGCGGGUUGAAAGUGGAUUUCGGAUUCAGCCCGUACAGUGAGAGGAUAAACGGGCGGAUCGCGAUUCUGGGGCUAUCGGCUUUGCUAUUGGUGGAGCUAGCCACGGGUAAGAGCGUGAUAAAUUAUCACACGCCGUCGAUCGUGCUAAUUCAGAUAUAUUUUGUUGCGGCGGUUGCGGCUAUGUAUGUGAAAUAUGAGAAAGAGAGGAUCAGCGUGUGGCCCCAAUCCUCUUCUGCUAAGGAAUGAGUAUAUCAAUUAAUGCACAUCAAUGGCGACUCAUUGAAAUUCAAAUUUGUUGAGUGCGUUUUACCUUAAUUCUGUACUCCUAAUGAUAUGAACUUGCUUGGGAGAUAAAGAAAGUGAGCUAUAUAUGUUUCUCUUUAAUCUUUAUACAACAAUCAGCGGUGACUCAUGAA